AUGAAAUUAUUUCUCUUAAUUGCUGUCGCUGCUUUGCUGCAACAAGGUCACACCAACAAGUAUUUUGAUUAUCAUCAGUCGGUUGCUUUAUUUGGUCAGCUGUAUUGCAAUGGAUCUCCUGUGGCCGGCGCCAAAGUGGAAUUACGCGAUACAGGCAUAAAAGGUAAAGCAGGAGAGCUGGCACAAAGCAAAACCAAUCAAAAUGGAAGGUUCUUUUUAUUUGGCUCGAAACCACUAACGUUUCCGGUAAUGAAACCGGGACUUUGGAUACACUUUACAUGUCAUGGGAAAGAGUCG